ACUUAGAGUUUUUUGCAUAUUAAACAACUAUUUCAAAUGUAUAUGUUGUCUGCUAUGAAUUUUAACAAUUGUCUUUAUUUUCAAAAUAACUAAAAAAAUAUUAUUCUGGUCAACGGGUCAAAGUUUAAUUUUUAUUUUUAAUUUUUUAUUUUGUUUUCCACUGGCUAAUUUGUUGAAGAAAAAAGGUUCCCGUAACACGUUUGGCCAGUUACGGGGUCUCUAUUGACACGAAUUAAGGUUUAUAGGGGUACCUAUUACUACCUAAUAUAGUAGUAUAUAUAAAUACGUCAUUUAUUUAACGCCUUAUACAAGGAAAUAUAUAGCGACAUUAAUUGCGAGGUAUAUAAAAUUUCAAUUUCAGACGUAAUUGUAGUUUUCGUUUUAAGACCUUUUUGUGACAUUUGAUUGCAUUACCUCCCCUUCACCCCUUCAUAAUAAUUAAAUGUGCGUAGAACGCGGGGUUGUAUACAGACCCCGUUUUUUAUAUUGUCCCCGUAAGUAUAGUCUGAAAACUACCGAGACAGCAUAGGUAAUCGCAAGGUAAUCAUUUGGUGAGUCCCCUACUGUAAAAACAUUGUGCAGACUAGUGAUGAAAGUCUUGUAUGAUUGAAGUUGUCAAAGUUAAUAUCAAGAAACAUCCGGGUCCGGUUUAAUAAAAAACUAGAAAACACGACUGAAGUCGCGCGACUGUGCGGUCGACCGACGGUUGUCGGCCGUCAACUGACAAAUUGUCGCGUUCACGGAGAAAGUUGCCGCGACUGUGGUUGCAUGACUGUGUGGUCAGUCGACUGCGGUCGUGGUAGUCGCUAUUUUUAGAAAAUUAUCACUUCCGCCAUCAACAUCUGCCGGUGAAAAUACACUCGAAAAUGGAAGAAGAAGACAUCAACGAGUCCAGUCAGUGCCAUUCUUGGUCAAAAAAAGAGAUUGAUAUACUAUAAGAGCUUGUUAUUGAGAACAAUAACCUGCUGGAGGGAAAACACGGGCCGUCGGUGACCGAGGCAAACAAGCGAAAACAGUGGCAGGAGAUUGUGUCAGCCAUAAACGCGUGUGGGGUGGCGUUGAGGACAGUGGACACGUGUAAGAAAAAGCUAAGGGUCCUAAAGAAAAAUGCACGAGACUACCUCAACAGUUUUAAAGUGCCAAAGACUGGAGGCGGAAAAGAAAAGAAAAAAACUUUGGUAUUAUGAUGUUGUGUUGGACCACAUCAUUGGCAGAGAUUCGCCCUUCCUACAUGGGGUUGCAGAUGGUGUUAGAGCAGGGAGUAAUAGUCUGUUUUGGAGCGAAGAGCCCAAGAGAAAAAACAAAACAAGUGGGGACUGCAUUGACAUUGUGAAUGAAAAGUGCAAGAGGCAAAAAAGCGAGGUGAAUCACAAUCAAGAUAAUAAUGUUCACCAAAGCCAAGUUCUCCAUGAUGUUGAUGCUGAGAAUGGCCAGCCCGCACAGCUGAAGAAGACAGACGUCUGUAUGACUGUUGAUGUCUACGCUGCUAGUCGUGGAGGCACAGGCAGUAUCUGCACAUCACGCAGUUCUUGUACGAACACAGCAGACAGUCCACUGAAGAGCACAAGAAUCUCAACAGAACUAGGAGCAUCUGAAUGUCAAAAGCUUGUGUCCAAAUCAAAGCCAAUCAAGAUAAGUUGUGCUUCUCAGGUGACUACAACAGUGAAAAAGAAGGCAUCAGCAACGUCUGCACAACGGGAUGACUCGUAUGAAACCAUUCAGCCAGCUUGUGAAUACUCGCCAGAGUCAACCUCCCCUUACAGCGGCGCUUAUCUGCCGAAAAAUAAAGAAAAAAAACUAUGACAUGCUAGUUGUUCUAGAAAAGCAAAGGCUGAAAUGGAUGUAUUGAAAAACAAAAAAAGAAGCACAUGGGCAGAAAGAACGGGUGAGAGCAAUGAGAGACCAAGUAGCUCUCCAAAGAGAACGCCUUGCUCUCAAGAAAGAAAGGGCACUUAUUAAUUUACAAAUCGAAAGGGAGAAAGCCCUUAACCAGACAUACACUGAAAAAGAAGUGACAGAGUUAAAUAUAUUGAAGGAGAAACUCAAGAUUGAGAAGUGUAAUGCUCGCAAAGCACAGCUAAAGGUGCAGAUGCUGGAGGAAAAGUGCACACAGUCAGUAGUCAUGACAAUAUACGAUUUCAAUAACAAUGUCACAAACCAAUGAAAACAGGAUAUAUUGUAACAAUCGUAAUGGUUGCUUCUGAUCAUUGUUUGUGACAUGUUUUUAUUUCAAUUUCAUUUUUUUAUGCUUUACCAUUUAUUCAUAGGUUUUUGUACAUGUAUGUGUGUGUAGCGUUCAAAAUAGAAUUAAUUGCCUUUAAAUUAUGUGGGUAUAAUAUAAUAUUCAAUUAA